AUGACUCCCGUUAUCUUUUCCCCCGAUGUGCAUUACAUUGAAUUCAGUAUCAAAUAUCUUACACUCUGUGGUUUAUGGAAUCCCUAUAAAGAUUAUCGGAAGUGGUUGUACGAUAUUUAUACAAUAUUUAUAGUUGUCUUCAUGUACUUCACAAGGAUCGACGCAUAUUUUUUGGCAGCCCAGGCAUUUAAGCAGAACUUUCUGCAAGAGACUCUGAUAAUGUUCCUGGAAUCAGCAUUUGUCGUUGGUAUUUUUAAAAUUAUAAAUAUUCUCUGGCAUCGAGCGGAUAUCGAAUUCAUCGCAACGACUCUAACUUGGGAGAGAACUCUUCUCUGUUCAAAAAAUGUCGCUGUCUACAGGGAUCAAGUGGUGGGAGAAACUCUGAGGAUAUCGAAGAAGAUAACACUGAUUUGGUUGGGCCUCGUUGUUGUCGACCUGGUGUUGUUCUACCGUGACAAUCUCAUCGGAAAUCGAAGAUCAAUCGAUGAUCUACCCCUGGGCUUAACAUUCCUGGGAAGAUUCUUGCAAAAGCUCAAUUUUUUUGUCAUCUUGGCUAUUGAUUAUUCAACAUUGGUAUUGAGUUGCGCAAUCAUCAUGUCCAACGAUUGCCUGUGCUUGACUCUCAUGCUGCACAUUGAGACACAAUUAAAAAUUCUCAACUUCCGUCUGAGAAGAUGCACCACCCAAACCACUUCAUACUUCAAUCCCAAUCAGGAGCUGAUAAUGUGUAUUCAACACUACCAAAAAAUAUUCAGAAUGGUGAGAAUACUGCAGAGGGUUUAUGGAUCACUUCUCCUGCCGCAAUUACUGUCAAGUAUUAUUCUGAUAUCUGUAGUUGGAAUUCACAUCUUUGUGACGAAAUCAGUGGAUCCCACGGAUCCUGUCUCAGCGGGGGUUGUCAUCAUGACACUCAUCAGUGGUUUGACGCAAUUGGGAAUAUAUUGUUUGGGAGGUAAUAAUAUUCUCGUGGAGAGUGAUCGCACCAGUGUUAUGGUGUACGACUCCUAUUGGUACAUGGCGGAUACCGAGUUUAAGAAGAAUAUGAUUAUUUUUUUGUCAAUGGUGGAGAAUCCCCUGUCUAUCAAAGCUGUUGGACUCUUUGAGCUUUCGUACGUGACAUUCAAAAGUGUAAGUUAUAUAACUUAUAAUUAAUCUUAUAAUUAAAAAUUCCCAUAA